AUGGCUUUUUUAUGCCCUGUACGGAUACGACGUGGGAAGAAGAAGAAACCGGGCGCGCACAAUUUCAGUCUUGAGAAAGACGGACUGGGAUCCACUGUUGGUUUAGGAUCUAAUCGGGUGGCACUGCCGCCAGGAAGGAUUACAGGUAGUGCGAGCAUUGAGACACUUGUUCGAGUUGGGAUUGAGAAAGAAAAUGGUCUUUCUCCUGACAGUAAAAUGGUUAUUAUUCAUGAUUUUACGCCUUGCGUUGAUGAUGAAUUGCAAGUCAAACGUGGACAGGUUGUUAAUAUAUUGUACAGAGAAAACGACUGGGUGUAUGUAAUAGCAGCAGACACACGUAUGGAAGGAUUCGUACCACAUUCGUAUUGCGCACCUUACACAUCUCAGCUCGCAGAACAAACUCUCGCGAGCUUGAUGAACAAUGUGAAGAAAAAACUCCCGCGGUCGAACGACGGUGACAGUGACAACAUAACCUCUGCUGGGUCGACAACAACGACACUGAACAAUAACAACAACAGUACUAAUAACAACAAUAACACAAAUAAUAACAAUAACAAUAAUAGUAGUUCGCGUUCGCAAAUAUUAGAUUCGCAACAUACGGACACUGGUUCGGCUUCAGAUUGCGAGAGUUAUGCCAGAAAUAUUACGACUGCUGAUAUUAACAUCAAUCGUAAUAUUGCGCAGUCGCAGAACUCGAUCCAAACCAUUUUGUCGCAGCCUGAUGUUCAUCCUUUCUUCAAGGAUCCAUCAGCAGGAAGGUAUAUAGUUUUAUACACCUUCGUCGCACGAGACGAAAACGACGUGAGCGUAGAACGCGGAGAAUUCGUGACAGUAUUGAAUCGCGAUGAUCCCGAUUGGUUCUGGGUUCUCCGCCAUUGUGACGGCAAUGAAGGGUUUGUUCCCUCCGGAUUCGUUUAUCCUGGUCAUGUGUUGCAUUCUUAUCAAACAACUGCCAGUACAACAACGACAACAACUUCACCGGUCACAACGACAGCUGAUCAUAGUCUAGGAGUUCGGAAUUCUCCGGCCCAAAACGAGCAACCUCAGCAGCAAAAAGACGUGAGAGACUUGAGGGAUGAAACGACAGGCACUGAAUUAGUCGUGUUGUACGAUUACAAGGCGCAGGCGCCUGACGAUUUAUCAGUACGUAGAGCAGACUGGAUCUACGCAGAUCUAGGGAAUCAAACGGUCGACGGGUGGCUCUGGGCGUACGCUCCAAAAACUCGCAAGUACGGAUUCAUUCCGAAGGCUUACGCUCGUCCUCCUGCAAUGACUAGCUUGUAA